AUGUCACUGAGCAUGGGUUCCGGAAGAGAAUGCUGGGAAAACUCUCCAUGUAUGGAUCUAAGAGAUCAAUAUUCUCGCGAUCCUCAAAGACCGGUCGAGCGAGAGGCUGAAUGCUCCUCCGAUAGGCAUGAGACCCGUCGCGAGGGCGUAAAUCCCCCAGAGGCCCAAGCCGUCUUGAAUGACAGCGAGUUUGGUCGGGUCGACCCCACGGGCUGGUACCCACACUACAAGAACUGUGUGCAAUACUUUGUGGAACAAGGCCAGCACAUGCAGACAGUGCAGUCCGUGGCUGCAUUUAUCAACAUUCGUCUGCCAUGCCAACGUCCCCAAGACAUACCUGCACCGGGACAAUCUGCAGCGCCGUUUAUCUCUUUGCGUCCCUAUGUUCGCCGGUUGAUUGUCACGGCGCAAGAUUCGGCACUCGUCAUGCGCGCAUUCUUCGGCGAUGACUGGGCUGCCGGCGUGGGCUGCAUUUACAAACAAGAGCGCGCCAACUACCUCUUCACGGCGAAGAGCAGCGGCUGGGGCGCGACCAAAACAGCGUACGAUAUCCUGCCCGAUGAGCAGACACCAUUCCUGCGAGCCCUGCGCGAGCCUACUGAAGACGAGCUUCGGGCGGCUGAAGCGAGAUGGAGCGAAUGGCUGGCGAUGGAGGACUGGAUGGUGGGGGCUCGGAGUCCCUGGUAG